GUUGACUAGCAGUUUUGGAGUGGGUUCGUUUAAAAACUACCGCUCAUUUACACUAUAUUUCUUGGUCGUGGAUUAGACAGAUAUUCGUAUAUAGACUGGAACUAAAUAAUCUUUAAAUCAAGUUAUAUUUGAAUUUGUUGGAGAACGGAUUUCACCGAAGGCUAAAAGGGAUUCAGAUCUGGUUUUGUGAAGAUGGAGCGCCAGUAUAGUAUUCACACGGGCCAGAAGAACUCUUUUAGUAUGGUGGAUUAUUUUAUAUUUGGCGGUACCUUACUAGUAUCGUCAGUGAUUGGAAUAUACUAUGCAAUCAAAGACAGGAAGAAAAAGAGUAUUAAAGAUUUCUUAUUGGCGGGAGGUGAGAUGCAUGUGGUACCUGUAGCUCUUUCUCUGUUGGCAAGUUUCAUGUCAGCCAUUACUUUAUUGGGAACUCCAGCUGAGAUAUAUAACUAUACGACUAUGUAUUUAUGGAUAGCUUUGGGUUAUGUUUUAACAAUGGCAUCUGCUGCACAUAUUUAUAUACCUAUAUUCUACAAUCUGAAGUUAACCAGUUGUUAUGAGUAUUUAGAAUUGAGAUUCAGUAAAUGUGUUCGGAUGAUAGGCACAUUAGUGUUUAUUACACAGAUGACAAUAUACUUGGGAAUUGUUUUGUAUGGACCAUCAAUGGCUAUAAAUGCAGUAACUGGUCUGUCUCUAUGGGGAGCUAUCUGCACCGUGGGAAUAGUUUGUAUCUUUUAUACGACUUUGGGUGGCAUGAAAGCUGUGUUAUGGACAGAUGCAUUUCAAGUUGUAAUGAUGGGAAUGGGUUUACUGGCAGUAAUGAUACAAGGUUCAAUAGAAAUUGGAGGUUUAUCAAAAGCUUGGGAAAUCGCUGCACAGAAUCAACGAGUUGUUUAUGAUGAUUUUAGUGUUUCCCCAGCAACAAGACAUAGUUUCUGGUCUCUCGUGAUUGGUGGAGCCUUUCUCUGGACGUCUGUAUAUGGAACGAAUCAAGCCCAGGUUCAAAGAACGCUGGCUUGUCCAACAGUUAGACAUGCUCAAAUGGCUAUAUGGUUAAAUGCUCCAGGUCUUAUGAUAAUUCUUGUACUAUCAUCACUAAUUGGUAUUGUCAUGUAUGCCUUCUAUGCUACAUGUGAUCCUAUCAAAUUUGGCCUUGUAUUUGCUUCAGAUCAGGUAUUAUCCAAAUAUCCAUGGGUAUUUUAAAAAUAAAGACUUAUGGAAUAACAGCUACUUAUUUAUUUGGGCGACGUUUCGAAGAGUAUCAAGCUAAUACAGUAAUACAA